AUGAAACCAGAAUGGUGGCCAGGAGAAGAGCACGAGGCCUUCACUGAAUGGGCAGUCUCCAAUGGCAUAGACAUCACCUCAGUGACCCCAGCCCGGUUCCAAGGGCGUGGCCUAGGAAUGAUGGCAACCCGGAAGAUCAAAAAAGGAGAAUCCAUCCUCCGAGUUCCCACACAGCUAAUGCUAAGAGCGGAAGAUAUCCCCUCCACCUUCACCUCGCAAUUACCAGAAGACAUCGCCGUACAAGCACUUCUAGCAGCCUAUCUAACCCACGGCACGGCAGACGAACUGUCAAAAUACAAUCUAUGGCGCAACUCAUGGCCCAGCCGAAAAGACUUCGAAGACAGCAUGCCCAUCCUCUGGCCGGCUGUUCUGGGAGGACCACAGCUGCCGGACGGCCCAAAGGACACCACUGCCGACACUCAGCAGCCGAAUCUACUUCCCCCGUCCCUAUCAGGACGAUGGAAUACUCUACAGCCGGGACCGAAGUCGAGGAAGUAUAGUUCGGAUUAUCAGAAUAUCCUGACACAACAGGCCCAGCGCUUGCGCAAGGCGUGGACGGAUGUCGUUUCUGCAUUCCCGGAUACCGACUGGGAGAUGUUUUCUUACCACUGGCUGAUUGUUAAUACGAGGAGCUUCUAUUGGGUUGGGAAGGAUCAGGAGGCGCCUGAGGACCCGAAUGAUGCGAUGGGGUUGGUGCCGUUUGCUGAUUAUUUCAAUCAUGCGGAUGUUCCGCGAGAUGUCAAGUUCAAUGAGAAUGAAUAUGUGUUCUGUGCUACGGAAGAUUAUAAUGAGGGCGAGGAGGUUUACAUGAAUUAUGGUAGCCAUCCAAAUGAUACUUUACUAGCUGAAUAUGGCUUCUUCCUCGACAAGAACGAAGCCGAUUCUAUUUACCUUGACGACAUCAUCUUUCGAGAUGUCCAUUCCGUCGAGCAGCAAGAGGAGUUGUGGUUGAAUCAGUAUUAUGGUAACUACCAAGUCACUUCCCAUGGAGUCUGUUACCGCACAGAGAUCGCCGCAUGUCUGAGUUACAUGAAGGAGGAGGACUGGCGGGACCAUGUCCUUGAGGGCCAGUCAAAGGGCUUCGAUGAGAGUCAGUCUGAGGAAACCAUCAAAAGGUGGAUUCAGACAUAUGCCGCAGAGGCAGAUGCAAGUAUGACCGCGUUGCGCAAAGCCAUGGAACUCGACCCUGUGGUCCAGGCACAUCAUGCAAAAGCAGAGACGCUGCUGCGACGGUGGAAGCAGAUCAAGGAUCUCUGCGAGCGUGCAACCAAGAGUGUCUCUGUAUAG